AUGGCUUCAGAAAGCCUCAGCCAAGAAAAUUGUGUCCAAAAUGGUAUGGAAGCGGCUCAAGUCGCAGUGGUGAUGGUGCCUCUUCCGGCACAAGGCCAUCUCAACCAGCUCCUUCACCUCUCCCACCUCAUCUCCUCCUACAACAUCCCCGUCCAUUUCGUCAGCACCACCAUGCACAACCGCCAAGCAAAGGAUAGAAUCCAGGGUUGGGACCUUUCAACCACCACCAAUAUUCAUUUCCAUGAUUUUCCAACGCCUCCAUUUCACAACCCUCCCCCUGACCCCAAUGCUACCUAUAAAUUUCCCUCACAAAUCCUUCCGGCAUUUCACGCGUCAAUGCAUCUGCGCGAGCCUGUUUACGCUUUUGUAAACAAACUUACAAGCACAGCCAGAAGAAUAGCUGUCAUUUAUGACUCUAUGAUGGCUUAUGUUGUUCAGGAUAUAAAUUCUAUAACGAAUGUCGAAACCUAUUGUUUUAAUAGUAUAUCGGCUUUCUGUAUAUACGCGCUUUACUGGGAAAUUAACGGAAAAUCUGCUCUAAGUACUGAAGCAGAAAUUUUAAAAGAACUUCCUUCCUCGGAAGGUUGCGUUCCACCAGAGGUUUCAAAAUUUACAGAAUUGCAACUAGAGGCGAAGAAAUCUAGUUCCGGAGAUCUUUAUAAUUCAAACAGAUUAAUAGAGGGAUUGUAUCUUGAUUUACUUUCAAAAGAGAAGACGACAGGAACAGACAAAGUCUGGGCUAUAGGACCAUUUAAUCCAGUGGUGAUACCUGAAAAAAGGGUCUCAAACAGCCAUAAAAAAUGCUUAGAGUGGCUUGACAAACAACCUCUGAUAAGUCACUAUAAACAAAGUAAGCCGUCAAGUUCUACGUUUUCCAAUGAACAAGUCAAAAAGCUCGCGCUCGGGUUAGAACAGAGUGAUCAAAAUUUCAUAUGGGUAUUGAGAGAUGCGGAUAAAGGGGAUGUCUUCGAAGGUGAGGUUAGGAGAGUUCCAUUGCCUGAAGGGUUUGAAAAGAGAGUGGAAGGAAGAGGACUUGUUGUGAGAGACUGGGCACCCCAAUUGGAAAUUCUGGGCCACCCUUCCACCGGUGGCUUCAUGAGUCAUUGCGGAUGGAAUUCAUGUAUAGAGAGCAUAAGCAUGGGAGUUCCAAUAGCAGCUUGGCCGGUGCAUUCAGAUCAGCCUAGAAAUGCCGUGCUAAUAACAAAAGCACUGAAAAUCGGUCUGGAAGUACGGGAUUGGGCGCAUAGCGAAGAAUUGGUGUCACCAGCUAUGAUAGAGAAGGCUGUAAGAAGAUUGAUGGAUUCUGCAGAAGGAGAAGAGAUUCGAAAGAGGGCGGCAGAAUUAGGAGAUGCAGUAAAGCAGUCAGUGAUGGAAGGUGGUGCUACUCGCAAGGAGAUGGAUUCCUUUAUUGCUCAUAUUACUAGACAAAUUUUUCCAUAUCAAAUCUAG